AGCUGCCAGGCUUUUCCUGCAAACGUACAAACGGCUCGGAAAUGACGCUUCCUAUCGAAGCCCAUAUCAGACGGACGUUCGAGCAUGUGCCCGUAUUUCGUCAAAUCAAUAUGAGCCAAAUCUUCAGCACGAACGGCUCGGACAGAAGCUGGAACUACACGUCUGACUUUGAUCCUUUUGCUUCCCAUGAUUACCUCUACAUCACCAGCAUCCCCGCGGUGCGCGCCUUUUUUUACUGCAUCUACGUGCUUAUUUUCAUCGUCGGUGUGUGCGGAAACAUGCUCGUGUGCUUUGUGGUCUUUCACAAAAACAACAUGCAGACGGUAACGAACUUCUUCAUCGCGAACUUGGCCAUGUCCGAUAUCUUACUGUGCACUUUGGCUGUGCCGUUCACACCCUUAUAUCAUUUCAUGACGACGUGGGUGUUUGGUAGCGUACUGUGUCACGUUGUGCCAUACGCUCAAGGCGUUAGCGUCUACAUAUCUGCCUUUACGCUGAUGGCGAUCGCCAUCGACCGCUACUUCGUCGUCAUCUAUCCGUUUCGAGCGCGCAUGCGACUGCGCGUCAGCGUCGGGAUCGUGCUCUCCAUCUGGGUGGUGAGUGGACUUCUUACGUUGCCCUAUGGAAUCUUUAUGACACUGAUUCAAGACAACACCGACGAAAAGCGCUUCUAUUGCGAGGAAGAGUGGCCAUAUGAAGUGAACCGCAAGACGUUCAGCUCGCUGACGACUACGCUUCAGUUCUUGGUGCCUUUCAGCAUCAUCAGCUUCUGCUACGUCCGAGUCUGCUGCAAGCUGCGAGAUCGCGUUCGAGCCAAACCCGGUGCCAAGUCAUUGAAGCAAAUGGAGCGCAUGCGAACGCGACGCACCAACCGCAUGCUCAUCGCAAUGGUGAUCAUUUUCGCUACCUCCUGGCUGCCUCUGAACUUGUACAACCUCGUAGCUGACUUCUACAUCCCUGCCUCCAAGUGGGCGUACUCGAACGCGUUUUUCUUCGUCUCCCACGCAGUCGCGAUGAGUUCCACGUGCUACAACCCUUUCCUCUAUGCCUGGCUCAACGAGAACUUCCGCAAGGAGUUUAAGCUCGUGCUUCCCGGCUUUGGAACUCCUCAGCCAUCCAUGCGAACAAGCAACAGCGCCAAGAAGAUGGAACGCACCUGCAACGGACAGGACACCAUGCAGGAGACGAUGACAGCUGCCCGGAAUAAGUCACGCAGCGACCCCUUCAGUGAUAGGAGAUCAAGCCAAGCGACCAGUGCUCGUUACGUGGCCGCUGAUCCGGACGCUGUUAUGAUUGAAGUUCCGGUCCAAGACUCCCAAGCGGUAUAA